CUGCUACCGAACUCGGCCGCCUUCGCAGACCCUUGUGAUUGGCAUGCCACACGACGACUGGCAUGGCCGAGGAGGGACAGCGGCUGCUUGCGGCGACGGACGGCCACGACGUCCGCGGUCAUUUUGCAGCGUUCGCCUCGCUGGCGCUGCAGGUCGCACUCGCCAACAUCACGCGCAUCGCGCUGCUUACGAUCGAUAAUGCGUUCCUUGGGCACCUCGGGACGUCGGCGUUGGCGGCCGCGUCGCUCUCGUCGACGUGGAUUCAAGUCCCGCUCUUCUCCGUGUGGGCCAUGUCAUCCGCGCUCGUGACUCUCUGUGGCCAAGCGUACGGUGCGGCCAACAAGGUGCUCAUGGGCGUUUGGCUUCAAAUGGCGCUCCUGCUCGUCUCCUGCCUCGCGCUGCCCGUGAUGGCCUGGUAUAUCUCGAUCGACGUCAUCUUGGUGCAGGCCACGGACGACGCGACCGUUGUUCGCCUUGGCGCCCGGUUUGCACGCGUCAUGGCGCUCAGUGUCUGGCCAACACUCAUCUACGCGUGUCUGCGCCAGUACCUCCAGGCCAUGCACGUUGUGGCGCCGACGACAGUCAACGGUCUCGCGGCCAUCGGCAUCACGGUUGGCGCCAACUACGUUCUUAUUUAUGGUGCCGGCAACUGGCACGGCCUCGGCUUUGACGGAUCACCGCUCGCCACCGUCAUUGCUGCGUGGUUCCAGCCGAUCGCGCUCUUCCUCUAUGCAUUCGUCUACAAGAAGUACCACAAGGACGCGUGGGGCGGCUGGAAACUCUCGGAGUUGACGUGGUCUCGCUGGAAGACGUUCUUCCGCAUGGCGCUACCUCUGGGGCUGAACGAUGCGCUCACGUACUUGGCGAAUUCGUGCAUGUCACUCGUCGUCGCGAUGCUUGGCGUCGACGCGCUGGCCGCCAACGCUAUUCUGCUCACGCUCUGGGUCAUGCUCUGGGCGCUCUCGUUCGGUGUCGGGUGCGCGACCCAAGUGCACGUGGCGACCGCGCUCGGCGCGAAUCGCCCGGCAGCCGCCCAGACGAUGACUCGCAUCGGUCUUGGCACUGUCGUCGCGACCACGGCGACGACAGCAUCGGGGCUCUACCUUGGUCGCUCGUUUAUCGUCGGCGUGUUUACAAGUGACGCGGACCUCGUCCGCCAAUGCUAUGCCGUACUGCCCCUGUACCUUCUCGCCUACGCGCUGGACGCCCUGGAGAUCACGCUCACAGCGGUCCUCAACGGCAUGGGCCAAAUGCAAUUCGUAUCGGGCGUCUCGUUUGUCGGCAUGUGGCUCGUGCAGCUCCCCGUCGCGUACGGACUCGCGAUUCACCUUCAGUAUGGCCUCCACGGGGUCUGGGUCGGAUACGCUGUCACCGCGAGCUUCAAGCUCAUGGUCCUCAGCGUCAAGCUCCUCUCGGUCGACUGGUCUGUCAUGGCUCGACAGGCCAUGGAUGCUAUGGAGUCGGAGACAACCGCCACUUGGCAUGUCGAGGUGGCCGUGCCGUCGCCUGCGAACGCGGUCAUGGAGCCGAUUAACGAGCCCUGGCGGUUCCAAGAGACCGCGCUCUUGCCGCACCAGGACAAAGCGUAGCUAUCGAAACGUGCGCGACAAGUACCAGUAUAAUAGACAUGUGCCACAACACGCUGUUUGCAAUACAGGAAGGAGGCUCGGGCUUCAAGUAGGGUUAGG